UUUACAACAAGGUCAUUAUCUGUCUUCGUAUUUUACUUAUUUGUCAACUGAAUAAUCACUUAAUAGGUCCAGCAUUAGAAAUUUAUAAACAGCCACAAAAUGUCAGACAAUGCAGACAGUGACCGAAAGAAAAUGAUCCAAGAGAUCUCGAAAACAUUUCUGUCAAGAUGUCAGUUUGAUGCCCGUUUUCCUAACAUGAACCAAACUAGGUAUUGUAACCAGAACUACGUAGAUUAUAAUAGAUGUAUUGAUAUCAAAGGAGAAGAUUAUAAACCUUGUGAAUAUUUCAAAAGGCUGUACUCUGAAACAUGUCCUCAUGCCUUGAUACAGAAAUGGGAUGCUUUAAAAGAGCAGGAACCUUCUGCAAGCUUAGUACCACCUUACAGAGGAAUUCAUUAAAGUCAUUCUAAAAUUGUCUAGGCCCAAUAAUUUGAAAUAACUUAUAGAGAGGUCCUUUUAUUGUUUAAACAUUAAAUUUAUAUGCCCUGAAUUUCGUGUUUAUUAAUUGCAAAAUAUUAAGUGCUGAUAAUCUAUGGUUGUUUUAUUACUAUUUAUCAAUGGGAAUCUCAAAGUUUACUAACCUGCCCUUGGAAUAUGAUAUUAAAUAUGUAGUCUACAAUAUUGGAAUUCAAGGAAUAAAGGCCUAUAUUAACUAGAUUAUUUGUAUAUGUGACCAUAAUAUAGGUUACUUUCUGAACAGUCAGAUUUAUUAAAGGUAAACCUCAAAG